AUGGCUACAGGUACAUCACUAUCAGCGGCAUUUGAAGCGUUACGUGCAACAGAUGAAAAAGCAAAUUUUCAGCGAUUGACACGGCUUCUGAUGCGUGGAGGUCUCGCACUUUUAAAGGAGGUGUUUGACAGUAUCCAUCCCCCACCCAACCUUCCAGCUGCGCUUAGUAACCCUGUAAUAAAGACGCAGCUCCAAACUCUUAGAAGAAACAGAGUCCUUACCCACCCCGAAUGGAACUGCCUUUACAACCCAAGUGGGCCAGGGACGUAUGGAAAAUCGACCGAUUUUGAUAUCAGCUUACUUUGUAAAUUGCUUCGAGCAAUAUGCAGCCUUACUCCUCCUGCUACCGGAUGGGACAUUUUGCCUAACAGCACUGAUCACAGCCUUGAGGCAGACUUAGUUAGAAUUAAAUUUUACCGUAACAAAAUUUAUGGUCACAACCACAGCAUGGAGAUAACAAAUGCCGAUUUUGAGAAGCUUUGGAUGGAAAUUAGUGAGGCACUAUUAAGAAUUGCUAGCAGCAUAAGUAGUGCAAAGAGAGAUGAGUGGAGGAAGUCCAUCGAAAAGUUUUUCCUUGAACCAUUAACACCAGACGCAGAGGAAUGUGUUGAUGAACUUCGAUUAUGGCACAAAAAGGGUAUGGAGACAAAAGACGAGAUCGAAAAGAUGCGUAUUACACAAGAACUGAUUCAAAAGCAACUACAGCAGAUGCAAAUUGAACAAAAACUUAUACAAGAGCAAAUGAAAAGUGAACAAGAACAAAGACACAUGGAAAUUCUAAUUGCCCUGAAAGGUCUUAAGGCAAGUGCGUCAGCUGUCAGUCCAUCCGCACGAAUGGAAGGCGACCAAUUGCCAUUUGAACGUCUGGAGACACGAAUACCUAUACCCCCAGAGCAGUCAUCAGCAGAAGGUCCUGCUGGUCUAUCCACACUAUCGGCACUGCAAGCAAGUCAACAAAACACUCCAGUAGUUCUUGAUUUCUGGUAUGUUGUUUUUUCAUUCAAAAGGCCAUUAGAACUCUUGAUCAGAUACCUGAAAAUAAAGUUUGGAGUUGACGUUCAAAGCUGCAGACUAGGAAGCUUUGUCAUGACAGUGUCCUGCAGUUCUUUAGAAGUUCUUGAGGCAUUGUGGAACGAAUAUCGAACAGGCCGUCUUAACGAAGUGGUUCAAGAUACGCUUGUAACGGGAGAGGUUCUGGAAAAGCUUGAACUCAGUGAGGUAAAACUGAGAACCAUUAUUUCAGAGGAAGACUACUUGUCAUACAAAGAGUUUUUGAAAAACAGAUCAGGUAAUGAUGAGAUAGGUACGCAUUCAUACAGUACUGAAAUAAGCUACAAUAAUCCAACAUUGAGACGCAUUACCUAAUGCGGGCAAAUGUAAAACCUCUAAAACCGACAUUGCUGUUGGUAAUCACGAUUAAAACGAAUAGCUUUGUAAAAAAUAAUCUGUGGUAAUAAGACCCUUAUUUUUCACCUUAACAUGCCGCUGUAAGAGGAAAUGUACGCGUGAUGUCAGGUCCUGAGGGAGACAGUUAGUUACGUUUACCCGAGAGUCCUGAUGUUUCUAUGGACGUGGGCUCCACGGAAAACAAAACUUCAAAAAAAAUUGUUUCAGUAGGGACAUGACAUAAAGUGUUUUCAUGUUAUAUUCGUAGCCUUUCACUUCAACAGUGACAAAGAAUAUAGAACGAAUCAAAACAAAAACAUUAAUUCUGAAAACUGCUUAAUGAUUGAUUCACAAAUUGAGUAUUUUCCAUAUACUAACUGCAUCUUUGUCCUCCACUAUACCUGCUGUGUCUGCUAUAUCACGAGCUGUUGUAUCCCAAGCAAGGUACAAUUGCUGAAUUGCAUGUACGAUCGGGAUACCGAUUUGAAUUUAGUCAAGGCCACAUACCAAAAAUCAACCAAUGGUAGUUUCUGCUUAGUUGAGUGAAGGUCUCGGGAUGUAACCAUCAUAAUUUCAUAAUUCAAGAUCAUGUGUCAAUUACGAUGGAAUUAUGAAGGCACAAUCGCUGAUGCAAAAAACCGUCUUUACUGAGAAGUGUAAGCUUAUAUCAAUUGCAAAGAAUUAACCAGAUUAACGCACACGUCCUUUUCGAUUUUUAUUCGAUAAGUCUGAGCUUACAGACUUUAAAACUUAAUUUUUAACGCCUAAAAAAAAAUCGAGAGAAAAUUGUUUCCAUUUCGCCUUUUUUAUUGUGGUUAUCCCUCGUUUCGAAUUAAAAGCCUCAAAUACAUAAUUACAUAAUCUUGAACAAUUGGCCGCUAGAGCUGCGAAUCUUUUACGUAUCGCAAACAGAUUAACUUAACAGGUCUGACAAUAGUAGCGGGACAAAAUUCCAACUUCACGCGUUUCUACAUCACAAAAAAAAAACAUAGGCGAUUACGAAGAGGAAUUUCGAGAUAUCUUGAAUUUCUUCAGAAGAGGUAUAAAUCAUGCAUGAACUGAAGACUGGACUUUAUCAAUAUGCAGACAAAUUUGCGACUUUUAGGAUGUUUCCGGAAAGAUUUCACCACUCAUCCGUUUUGCAAAUUACCCUUAUACAUUCCAAAAUGAGCUAAACCAAGAGAGGAUAAAGGUUUAUCCUCUCUUGGCUAAACGGCAGUUGCCUUGCGCGUUUUCGAAAAGAUGUGAAUCGGGGUAAAACGCAAUGCUGAGCUCGUUUUGUAAUUUAUACGGCUACUUUCACGAAAACAGCGAUUAAACUAAAAUUUUAGUGAUGCAAUUGAUCAGUGUACUAUAAAAUGCCCGAUUUUCGUGUCCAUUGAAACAUUUUGAGUUGUAGGCGCACAAUUGAGUAAAUAUUGAACUGAAUUGCUUAUAUAACUAACAGGCUAGUGUCAAUUUGCGCAAGAUCUAAUGUGACACUUGCAUUGACAUUGGCUUACAUGGAUCGUAGUGGACCUACGGGCAGGCGGGCGUACAGUGACGUCCUAACCAAAUUUUCUCGGAUAGAUAGAGCACCACAUUUUCUUUGCAAUGGGCGCGCGUGGAACUUCGCCAUGAACAUUCACACAAAGACGUAAUCUAGACGUAAAUUACACAAUGAAUUGGUUUCAUCUAUUCGUUUUUUGUGACACAAAGAAGUUACUUAAGUUAUACAAAAAUACCCCCCACAAUAAACACUUCGCUUCUGGAGAGAGGGGGGGGGGAGGGGGCAAGGAUUUUGUGGCACUAUUGACAGCCCUCUCGAAAUUCGCGCGAAAAACCGUUCUAAAAAUAAACUGGUCCGUAAAAACAACGUGACACGAGCGCAUGGAAUUUGCUUGCUCCGGGUUAUGGGCUCUCGGGUAGUGUUAACACUGCACUAUAAUGGCAUUACGGACAAAUGUCCUGUUUGUCAUCUGUUACUAAUUAUAUUGAAGAGCAAAUUUGAGUCCAAGUUUAAGUAAAGGUAGAAAUUGCGUUUUUUCAUCUUUGUUAGGUAAAGGGGAAGAAAAGGCACUUCCCGAAGUUCAAGAAAGUCCUGCCACAGAUCUUGCCGCAGGUAGGAUAUAAAAAAUUUUUUGACAAAAAAAAAUUGUAUUUCAUUUGGUGCAUGCUGUCCUCUUAUUGAUAAAGCUUGAACAUGGGCUCCUGGCUCGAAAGUGAACGGAAAAGAGGGCAUACGGAAGCGAUUUAGCGCAAAGGAGGGAGGAGGGUCGGCAGAAAGCCUUGUUUCAAACCGAGAUAUUCGGCAAAUGGAUUCAGUAACUACAGUACUUUCAUUGCCUUGAAUGAUGAGGAUCUCAUCGUAAAACUGUUUGAAGAUUGUUCCAUAAGUAAGCACCACUGUAACUAAAGCUACGCUCAAGGUAGUCAGUUCUUGGUUUCGGGAGUAACAAUUUACCUUUGGCGUCACGAAGUUCGUAAUUCGAGAUUCUCGGAGCAAACAAAUUCCAGAAAUAGGCCGGGGCAAGAUUAUUAGUACACUUAAUCAAGUAAGCCUUAAUUGCUUAGCGUUUCUAAUCGAUAAGUUGUCUCAACCAAGCAAGUCAAGAAGUUGUCUGGAACUAGUGUCACAGCUUGAUAUAGUGAUAACUCUGACAGCGCGAUGUUGUAGUUUAUGAAGUUUAUCACUUUUUAGAUGUUGCGACAAGCCAUUCCAGGCAGCACUACAGUAAUCGAAGUGUGGUUCAAUGAGACCUUGGUAUAUUAAAACUGCAGUGUGCACGGAAACAAAUAGCCUGAUUCGCUUAAGCGCACCUAUGCUUGAGGAGCCUUUUUUGUUUGAGAUGUCAUGUACGUGAACCUUCCAAGAUAGAUCGUCAAUAUUAAGCCCAAGAGAUUUGCUAUGAGUUGUUUGGUUUACUUGAACGCUAUCUAUAUCAUUGUUAUUGUGUCGUCAUUUAAAGAUAGUAGUUUCUGCCUCGAGCUAAUAAUCAUUAACUCUGUUUUGGCGACUUUGAGACUUAAUUUGUUAGCUUUAAGCCAGAGAUCAAUGUUUCAAUUCAGUCUUGAUUUGUAAUUCGAGAUCAGGUAUGCUAGGUACAGACAAGCUAACGUUAGUGUUCUCAAUGUAAAUUCUAGGAGAACCAGUAUUCAAACAGUUUGGAAGGUCAUUUAUGUAGAUCAAAAAGAGAAGGGGGCCUAUUACAGAUCCUUGAGGUAGGCCACAGUUAAAAGGGCUCUCACAAGAUAGGCAGUUACCUAAAAUGCAUAGCUAUGCAUCUUUGCAUACAGGUUUGUUACAUAAGAUUUGCACCAUUUCAAGGCAUCUUGGCCAACGACGUAUUUAGUUUUUUUUUUCAGAAUAAUCUCAUGGUUAAUACUGUCCAAGACCUUCUUCAAAUCAAUGAAGAUUACGCCAUCAAGAAGACCUAUGUCAAUAUUGACGUACCAGUUAUCAUUUGUCUCUCAUAAAGCUGUAAGAGUAUUAUGUAGCGAGAGAAAACCAGACUGACAGUUGUUUAAAAAACCAUUUUCGUUCAGGUAGUGGUAAAGUUGGUUAUAGACAAUUUUUUCAAAACUUUUGGCUACGGCAGGGACAAUAUAUAUUGGCCGGUAGUUGUUUAGGUCUGACUUGGAGCCAUUCUUAAAAAUAGGUGACACUUAAGCUAGUUUCCAGUCAAAGGGGAAAAUAGUAGUCAGAAUGAAUUGAGUAAAAACGCCUGUUAAAGAGGGCGCAACCACUUCGGCUGCAAUGUUUAGUAGUUUGCCAGCAUCGAUAGCUUUAAGUAAUUUGAUGACUUUUUGAACAUUGAUCCGUUGGGAAGAAAAUACUCCGUUGACAGGAUUUGCAUAGGAAAGGGGAUCAGUGUCUACAAUGGGAAUUCCUCGAGCUAGCGAUUGGCCAAAAUUUGUAAAAUGGUUAUUAAAUGCUUCAGCUAUAUCACCAGGUGAGGUAAAAAUUUCAUUUCCUAUUUUGAUUUGGGACAAUCUAGUUGAUUUUUUUGUCGAUACUGAAGCUCUUUAAUUAACCGCCAAGGUUUACGAGAUGUCUAAGCAUGUUGGUUUUCUUGUGCAGUGCGUUUCUUGGAACUUAUUUGGUUUCAACCUUUAGCCUCGCUUUCAUGUUAAAUUCAUUUUCACUGUUAACGACUGUUAAAAUACAGCUACAACUGUACAUUUAUACCACAAUUUGAGACCACAAACUAUCUAGCGAAAACGAGGGUGCUUUAAUCUAUCAAAAUUUAUCGUCAAAACUUUUCUGUCUCCUGGGUUGCACAAAACGUCCCUCGCUCCCGGACUAUAUUUCUUGUUUUUGUUUUUGUUUUUUAAUUUCAGUUUAUCUCUUAGGUUUCGCACAGGAAUAAAAUCUUGUUUACACGUGUCUGACCACUAUCUUACCUCGUCAAACUCUUCUACGCAUCCAACAUGGCGUCUUUCACUUGGUUCGCUGAAUACUCGAGUACCUUGUUUAUGUCACAUAUUCUCUCGUACGCUAAACGCAAAUUCUCCGCUCCUUCAGCGUUUAGUUUUUCCGCAAUUUCUCCAACGUUGUACGUUGCCCUUUUUAAUUGCUUCUUGUAAUUUUCUUUAGCAAACUCCACCAUGCUUCGCAGUCAGAAGUAUUUUCUUGAGUCUUCAGACAUUCCAUGUUUGUGCCCCACAAAGUUCGCUUAACAAGCAGUCCUGGCAGGGUCGCCACUUUUAGUGUGGAAAAAGAAAUCCAGUGCACACCAAAUAAAUGACAAAAUCUCAACAAGUUUAAUGUCCACAAUCCUAUCUACGAGUGCAAGUAAGGAGUAGUAGAAAGCCGAAAAACAACAGAGUCAAAAGUGCUCCCGAUACUUAUUUAUUCCUAGCCAAUCAAAACGAGGCUACAACAAUAAAACACCUUAAAUAGCAGUCACGAAUGUUUUCAACGUUCUUAACAAUACACCUCUAACGCAACGAAGCCCAAGUAUACGCUUCAACAGUAGAGACCUUACGAUUCAGGUUUUUCGGCAUUUGCAGCGAUUUGCGUCCAGAAAUCACGUAACCAGUGCCUUGUCGUCAAAAUUUCGGUUUGAGGUUCACGUUUGUACGGCUAGACCGCGCUUCAGAGGUAAGUGAUUUACCACAAGGUGUUUUGCACCCUAAAACAUCACAAUCCCACGUUUGGGAAAAAAUACCAACUUUAAGAGCUCUUGCUUAUUGAUUAUCGAAUUCUAUUUUUUAAAAGACGGCGGUAAUUUUGAAGACAAUUUCUCAGCCAAAAUAGAAAUAAGUGGAUGAAUGAAAACAAAUAUGGCAGCCGCGAGCUACCACCCGCGAAUCUCAAAUCCCAAAUAUGGGCAGACGAGUAACGUGAAACCAUUAACCGCAAACCACAGUUUGUUGUUUGCAGUAAAAUGGCUAAACCUCGAUCUUAAGUUCUCUAGUUCAUUCUUGCCUCUUCUUCGACACUCUUCCCGUUCCUGGCCUUAUCACCUCUCUCUGUCAAACGAAUUCCCCUAGUGUACAUUUACUACUGAUCCAACUAAUUGUAUGGCACUAACAAAGAUACACCAACUAAUGAAUAUAAAUUGUCUCAACGAUAAAAUGAAACCACAACAUAUUUAUACCUUUUUUUCAGGAGAGCUGGAAUACCAAAGCCAGCAGAGAGAAAAGAAAGCCAUAGAGUAUCAUGAGCGACAAGUCAAAAUUUCGAAAGAAGUGGGAGACAGGGCAAGAAAAGGAAAUGCGUACAGUAGUCUUGGCUACGCCUAUUACAGUGCUAGAGAUUUCAAGAAAGCCAUUGAGUACCAUGAACGACACCUCAAAAUUACUAAAGAAGUGGGAGACAGGGCAGGAGAAGCAAGAGCGUACAGAAAUCUUGGCUCCGCCUAUUACAGUAUUGGAGAUUUCCAGAAAGCCAUUGAGUACCAUGAACGACACCUCAAAAUUACGAAAGAAGUGGGAGACAGGGCAGGAGAAGGAAGAGCGUAUGGUAGUCUUGGCAAUGCCUAUCAGAGUCUUGGAGAUUUCCAGAAAGCCAUAGAGUACCAUGAACGAGAAGUCAGAAUUUCAAAAGAAGUGGGAGACACGGCAGAAGAAGGAAGAGCGUAUGGUAGUCUUGGCAUCGCCUAUAGCAAUCUUGGAGAUUUCCAGAAAGCCAUAGAGUACCAUGAACAACACCUCAAAAUUACGAAAGAAGUGGGAGACAGGCCAGGAGAAGGAAGAGCGUAUGGUAGUCUUGGCAACGCCUAUCACAGUCUUGGAGAUUUCCAGAAAGCUAUAGAGUACCAUGAACGAGACCUCAAAAUUUCAAAAGAAGUGGGAGACACGGCAGAAGAAGGAAGAGCGUAUCUUAGUCUUGGCAUCGCCUAUCAAAGUCUCGAAGAUUUCCAGAAAGCUAUAGAGUACCAUGAACGAUACCUCAAAAUUUCAAAAGAGGUGGGAGACAGGGCAGAAGAAGGGAGAGCGGGAGAUUUCCUAAAGGCAUAGACUACCAUGAACGACACCUUAAAAUUUCGAAGAAAGGGAGACACAUACCGGUUGAUCAGUCCACAUGAAGUGUAACAGUCGUGAUAAAUUAACACAUCUAUCAUACGUCUAUUAUAUAAGAAUUGGGAGAAGAGGCUUGAAAGUUCCAGAAAGCCAUUGAGUACCAUGAACGACACCUCAAAAUUACGAAAGAAGUGGGAGACAGGGCAGGAGAAGGAAGAACGUAUGGUAGUCUUGGCAAUGCCUAUCAGAGUCUUGGAGAUUUCCAGAAAGCCAUUGAGUACCAUGAACGAGACCUCAAAAUUUCAAAAGAAGUGGGAGACACGGCAGAAGAAGGAAGAGCGUAUGAAAGUCUUGGCAUCGCCUAUCAAAGUCUUAAAGAUUUCAAGAAAGCCAUUGAGUACCAUGAACGACAUCUCAAAAUUACGAAAGAAGUGGGAGACAGGCCAGGAGAAGGAAGAGCGUGUGGUAGUCUUGGCAACGCCUAUCAAAGUCUUAAAGAUUUCCAGAAAGCCAUUGAGUACCAUGAACGACAUCUCAAAAUUACGAAAGAAGUGGGAGACAGGCCAGGAGAAGGAAGAGCGUGUGGUAGUCUUGGCAACGCCUAUGACAGUCUUGGAGAUUUCCGGAAAGCCAUAGAGUACCAUGAACGACACCUCAAAAUUACGAAAGAAGUGGGAGACAGGCCAGGAGAAGGAAGAGCGUGUGGUAGUCUUGGCAUCGCCUAUCAAAGUCUUAAAGAUUUCCAGAAAGCCAUUGAGUACCAUGAACGACACCUCAAAAUUACGAAAGAAGUGGGAGACAGGCCAGGAGAAGGAAGAGCGUGUGGUAGUCUUGGCAACGCCUAUGACAGUCUUGGAGAUUUCCGGAAAGCCAUAGAGUACCAUGAACGAUACCUUAAAAUUACGAAAGAAGUGGGAGACAGGGCAGGAGAAGGAAGAGCGUAUGGUAGUCUUGGCAACGCCUAUUACAGUAUUGGAGAUUUCCAGAAAGCCAUUGAGUACCAUGAACGACACCUCAAAAUUACGAAAGAAGUGGGAGACAGGGCAGGAGAAGGAAGAGCGUAUGGUAGUCUUGGCAACGCCUAUCACCGUCUUGGAGAUUUCCAGGAAGCCAUAGAGUACCAUGAACGAUACCUCAAAAUUUCAAAAGAAGUGGGAGACAGGGCAGAAGAAGGAAGAGCU